UAUAUAUAUAUAUAUAUAUAUGUAAUGUAAUCUGUGUAUACUUGUAUAUAUAAUAUUAUCGGUCGUUACUUACUCCUAUGCUUACAUGAAAAUAUCAAGGCAAACACAAGUGUUUCGUUGUAUAAAUACCAAGUGCCCGUCACUCAUACGACAUGUUGUUCUCGCCCUUUGCAUGGCGCUGAGGCGUAUCUGUGCGUCACCUUUGUAGGUGUCGGUUAAUUUGUAAAUGAUUUUAAUAGCAUUUGCUAGUGCAACGUGUGCUACACCAAUACAAUAAAGUGCCAGCGUGCGUGUGCACUUACGACGCGUAUGACGGGAUGACGCGCUUUAUGACUUAGCGGAUAUGUUUUUUAAGAGUCUUGAAAUUGCUUGACGCAGUUCAAAUUGUUAAUUGGCUUUGAGUAACGUAGGCGUGCACUCCUUUGAAGCUGGAAAAGAAGAUAAACUACAACUGUCUCAGACAACCGAACGAUCUUGAAUAGAAUUGAGUGAUUGCGAUUGUGUCCAAGUGCCACUCAAGCAGCCGCAAACUAAUAGAAUCCCCAAAGCUGGAGAAAAGGGGAAAAAAAACGAAGGGAUUCAAGUGAGAUGACAUGAAUAACUCACAAAUGUGGCAACAUAUGCACCCAGUCUAAUAAAUCACUAACAAAAAAUAACAACAACAAAAAGUGUGAAAACAAAUUUGACUACGAAUGACAUUCCAAAGCGAUUGAGCGCAGCAGAGGAGGGCAAAGAGACGGCAAUAUAAACGUUUGUUAUAAAUGUUUUGCAGAUGUUACAACAAACAAAAUACCGCAAAGAAGAAGAACAACAACAAAAAAGCAGCUGAUGUCAUGAAACAGUUGAAAAAUGUGUUGGCAGACGGACAGAAGAGACAAGAGUAGUGAGAGCACAAGAAAUCGCAUAUUGAAGAUAACUAUUGAAAAGCAACAACAACAAAAAACAAGUUUAAUAAAGAAAAAAACAAGCUGCAGUUCUAUUAAUACCAUUUUUACAAAGUCUGCCGAAACAACAAAAAAGACUCGACACAAACGGAGAAGUGAGAAUGUUAAUUCGAGAGAGGGAGAGUGUUGACAUUUGAUAGUAACGUUUAGAAAACAAAAGAAGGCAAAGGGAAAGUGAGAUGGAGGAAGAAAGUAUGAUUGAACCGAAGAAAGGAAACGGGAGGACGCUCAUUCAGGGCACAGAGAAUGUUGAAACGUUGGAGAGAGCUGGUGUGGAGCAACUGCCUAGCGAUUUUGGUGGAAUACCUAAGCUACAGGGAAGUGCAGUAGCUGAAGGUAAAAGUCCAAAUGAACGCAUGUCCGAAGAAGCAAUAGAGGAAGUGGCAGAAGGAACAACUGAAAUAAUGACCCAACAGGACAAACUUGAAAAGCAGACGAAAGAACUAUGUAACGACGACGACAGUUCAACGCCACGUGUGCUCACGAAGGUGGAUAAAGCGGUUAGUACGAAUGAUACACUCGAAGACCUGCAACGAGCGCUUACCUACGAGGUUAUAUUCACCACACUGCUCGAGAAGAAAGUGAUGGCCAUCAAGCGAGAGUGUGAGGAGCGCAAGCGUGCUAAGCGCAUGAAACGUAAGUCCAUUGGACGCAUAUUUUUUAGUCGUAAACUUUUCGGUGGUUCGCGUAAGUUGCGCGGCGAUAGCGAACCCGAUGUUUUUAUGCGUGGUGAGUUCGGCGCAAUGAUGGCAUCACCUACCGGCUUACGUAGCAUAAAGACUGUAAAGAGAUCAAGCGGUAGUGGCGGAAGAAGUGAUGGCGAUGAAAUAGAGGUUUUCUCUAACUCAGCCUCAGCUUCGAACGGCAGUCAUCGCUCGCAGUUUGCACGUGCUACGCUAACGAAGGCGCAGAAGGUUAAAACGCAAUUGACUACUGCACACGGUGCUUCGGUAGGACAGCCGGCUGACGAUAGUGUCGCCAGCACGCUAAGCAAUUCUUCGGACAAGAAUGAUAUAAGCGGUGCUGGCGCUUCUGGUGGCCAAAGUAUGGUGAGGCGUAGCUUGUUAGUGCGCGCACAGACGCAUACACCAGCUGAAGUGAUGACAUCGAGCUCGGGCUCCGGUGACUCACGUGCUGCCACACACAGACGUUCCGUAUCUGUCAUUAACGGUAACGGCAAUAGUAAUGGAAAUGGUGGCACCGGUGGUUUACCCGUUUCACUGUUGGAGCGCACCUACGACACCACGUCAUUGGCGAGUGGUUACGAAAACGGCACUGGUGCACGUUUGCAUACGUCAACGAUGGCCGACGAUAGCUUGACAUCGUUACGCGAUAGCAUCGAAAGUUUAUCGUUCGGCAGUUCGCGUUGUACGGUAAGUUUUGGUGGCGCCGAAAUCAUACCAGACGAAACUGCCUCACUCAUUUAUGAACGUGCACGACUUGCCAAACGUUUGCGCAUACUAGAAGCUAAGUCGAUUAGUGCACAAUGCAGCCCCGUACUGCCACGACAUUUGAUCGCCACAAUACCGGCACCAGCGCCAGAGCCGAUGCCACUGCUGGCACAGACGACAGUUAGCAUUGACAAUGCCAUGCAGGCCGCUACAACUACGAAGCAUAUAAUAACGCCCACCACUGCCGUUCCUUAUACCGCGCCGCCCAGAGCUGGCGCCUACACCACCGUCGGUAGCGAAAUCACAACAGUACCCACCAGCAAUAAGAUUACACAAACCAAACAGCACAUCUUUCGCCACCAAGUGUCUUAUACGGACAGCACUUACGGCGGAGCGGGUGAAUUCGGCGACAUGUCCGCCUACUCACGUUACAUUUCGCGUCAGAAUACCUCGGAGGAGAGCGCCAAUUUGACCGUUAGUACAUUGUUGAAUCAAAGCGACUCGUUGUCGCUACACGCACCCAUCUGUUCGCCUACCACAACGGGCGAUAUCGGUGCUUCUGGUGGAGGUGUUGGUGCUUUCAUGCUGGGCGAUCGUUUCAAAUCGAAAAGCACAAGUCUGUUAGUAGUCGGCGGCAUGGGCCGCAAUCGUUUGCUGCCAACACCUCAAAUAGUGAACGCGCCUUUUGUGUCCGCAACGUCAGCUAAUGGCGGCAGCGCAGUGAGCGGGACAGUGCCGUGUAAUAUUAGUCAUAGUGAUCAAUUAGUAGAUAGUUUCAAUACAAAUAAAUUUACUUCGUCUGGCUUCGCCGCGCCAGUAGCGCCAUUUAACGCACAAAAUCAAUUGCCCUCGCACCACACUACGACUAACGGCACUGCGACUGCUACUACCAACACGUUUUCGCCAGCUACUAUGGUGUACCAGGCUACCAUGGCCGCCGGAGUUUCGGAAGGUACCACGACUGUUGUUGCGCUUAACGGUUCGCGCGUUCGCAAUGGCAAUGCCAAUGGAGUUAUUGUAGCCGGCACAGCGGUGCCUGCGGAUACGGCCAAGCUGAACCGCAUGACGUCUACAUCGACUGGUUCCAGUGUAGCGCCGACUGGCUGUUGCACUACAACGAAGUCUUCAUCGCGCGACCGCGAGAAGGACAAACAGCGCUACAAGCCCAGCUGGCCGUCAGGGCAGAGCGGCAGUGACGAUGAGUAUCGAAAGCGCAAACGAAAAUACAAACGUUACCACAGAUGUUCAGAUCCCGUUUUGGUAUAUCCAACACCAAGCGGAUUGCAACACUGCAUACUUAGUAUGCCGCCUAAUGAGCCACUCCAAUUUCAGUACAAUGAUGACUUCCCUUACGAUAUGCAAAUCCAAACGGAGUCCGAUAAAAAUGACGACCUUGAAGAAAUAGUUCCAAGCAGCCAUCGCCGACAUCGAAAACAUCGCCAUCAUCGCCACAAAAAGCGACAUCGACAUAAAAAACCAAAAAUCCUGGUGCAGGAUCUGGAAACGCGCGUUGUCAAGGUCGUCGAUCCCGAUGACCUGUCGCAGCGGGCGCGUUGCACAAUCAUUGUGACAGCGUGUCUGCUGCUGGUCAUGUGCCUCAUGUUGGUCGGCGUAACGUUACGCAUGGCGCCUCUCAUCGAUGACAUGGUACGCCAAGAGAGUGAACGCCUACUCAAAGAGUCGCUGGAUCGUGCGCGCUCCAACAAAAACGCAACAGACGCAGCGGCGCAUUUAGCAUUACAACAAAUUCCAUAACACAACGGCGAUUCAGCGGAGCGUAGUAGAAAAUUCGAGUUUCCACCACAAUUGUUGCGACACCAGCAACCGCCAUUGGAAGAGAUACAAGCGCAGGAGCAACAGCAGCUGCAAAAUGGUGGCGUAGUGCUCGGUUAUGCGAACGGUGGACUCGUGCACAUUUUGGCACGCUUCGCUGAAGAAAGGCCAAAACUCGACGACGACAACAACAACAACAAUGACGUAGAGAAGAGCAACAGUAGAGCUAUUGCGAAGAAUAACAUAAACAAUGCAGCAACAGCGGGGGAAACAAGAACAUUUACAGCAACACCCACAUCGCUGGCGGCGAGUAGCGCACAAGCGACCUACGAGGCGGUGGAGACACGAACCGUAAACGAUUUGCUAAUAACGAAGGCUGUAAGGAGACGCAGAGCUGCAUCAGUGGAAAAUGCAGCGUUAGAAAGUGGAGCAGACACUACAAAGCCGACCAACAUGCAUGCGCCACACACACUUGCCACACACCUUGCAACACAGCAAAAGCAGCAGGCGCAGCCAGAAGCGCCGCAGCAACAGGCGGCAUUGUCAGCACAACUGUCAAUUGCGAUGUUCGCACAAAUUUUGUAGCAUCACACACCGUUAGCGUACGCCAAUCUAUUGGCUGAGCAGCGAUUUUGGUGCGCGGCACCGUCGCUGCUUAUGCUACUGUCGCUUGCUUGGCGCAAAACAUUGAUCACGACACAUCAAUUAACGCGCCACCUCUGCUGCAAGGUGUGUCCAGCCACCACCAACAACAAUACCCACUGUUAUGCUUGCAACAUCGUUGCAGGCAUUCAAUCGCUAAAGCUGUAAAUGGUACAAAACUACAAAGUCAAAAGACCCUUGGACCUAAGUAAGUUUUCAGCACACAAAAUGGAAAUUUCCGCAUUUGCUUAGACCCUUCGACAGUCAAACUGCGCAUCCGGCGGCGAAAUUGUAAAAACUAUUAGAUUAGUGUUCGUGCACUGUUGUUAUUGUAUUGAUGGUUAGCGAAAAUUCCCGAUGUAAACGGGGUUUGCAUAUUAAAAAAAAAGAGUCUUUUAAAUAUAAGCUUUUUAAAAAGCGAACCAAAUUUUUGACAUUUCGCGGUGGUUGAGUGGUAGUUGUUCAAAAAGAUAGUUUUUAUUUUUGAAAAAUAUGAGUUUUGAGACAAAAAACGAAAUAAGUCGGUAAUUUCGUUUGUUUUGCUUAGAAAAAUAACCGUGUAGGAGCUGGAAAAAAGCUUUCCAACCUUUUUCGAAAACUAUUAAUUUUUACUUACAAUAUGAAUGAAAUCGGUAAUUUGAUUUUUUGCAUGAAAAUGAGGAACAGUAAAUCAAUUUCUCAACUUAACCAAGUGUGAAACAACAACUCGUUCGAUCUGAGCCGAGCACUAAGCUUAUUUCGCGCAUGAAAAAGCUUUUUACACAGAAAUAUUUAAAGCCGCACCACUUGUGUGAUAAGAGCAGGAAAAAAAUCUAAAAUGUGAGAUUAAGCUCGACAAAAUACAAUUACAUAAGGAGACAGCCUACACAUUAAUAAAAUAAAAGUUUCAACACAUAUAUUCUCAACUAUAAAAUUCGAAAAACACUCACUGAAACAGGUACAAUUUUGAAAAUAUCACUUCACUGGGAUUCGCAAAAAUUGUAGCGGUUAAAUUAUGCAGCCGCGCAACUGCUAUGAAAAUUUUUAUUUUUAAUAAUUGUGAUUUCUAAAUUAUUUUUUUGUUUAUAAUUCUCCAAAAACCAAAUCUCUUUGAUUACCGUACGCGUUUGUAAAUAUUGCAUCAUUAACUGUAUGUGUAUAUUUCUUGUGAAUAUCACUCUCCCAAAACAAUGGAAUGCCACCAAUCAAACACCUGCAACCUCCAACGAUUGCUACCCUCAACCGCCGCCUUAUGUCCCCGUAUGAGUACCUACCUGCAAUGAGAAGAUUGUGUUAUGAUAUUAGCAUUGUUAUUGUAAAUAGAUAUGAAAUAUAUAGUAUAAAUGAAUUAUAAAAUGCAAAUGUUUAAAGUUGCGCAUGGCGAUAUGCCUGAGAGCUAAUGCAAGCGGAUUGUUUUUUUCGGCCUAAACAAGCAAACUAUUGUUUACUUACUCACUUGUAUGAAAGUAGGUAAUAACUGAUUAUUAAAAAUUAUGCAACAAAAAUUAGUAUCCUAAGUAGCAGUUUAUCUGCCGAAAAUUUUGUGUAUAAUUAUGUAACGUAAAAUUUGUAAUAUGUAUAAAAAAAAAAACACAGGAAAAUCGAAUUUUUUAGGUGCUAAAAGUAGAUGAAAGCAGUAGUAUGAAAAUAUAAAAAAAAAUAUGUACUAAUAAAAGAUAAACUUAAGUUAAUAAAAAUUAAAAUAUACAAAAAAUAUUAAUUAAAAAAAAAAAAUUAUAAUUAAAACAAAUUAAUGCAAAUAAAAAUAAAUAAAUGAUGAAAACACAGGGAAUAUUCUACGUAAAUUUCAAUAAAAUACGUAUUACCUGUACUUUAAAUUAAAAAAAAACUAUAGUAAAUCGAUGAAAGUACUAAACAACCUAAUAGUAACAAAGUAACGAGUAUUAUUUGUAAUUGUGUAUUAAAUACGAUAUUCAAUAGUUGUAUUUAUGUAUGUAUGUAAGUAAUUGCAGUAAAACGUUUAUCAUUAACAAUAACUAGCGGUAACAUUGCAUAACGAACAAGAAACGUAACAAGCGCCUAGCAAAAUAUAAAAAAAUAUAAAUAUAUUAAUGUAUGUAUGUGUGUACAAACAUACGUAGAAUAAAAAUACAUAUAAUGGAGGCACUUUCAAGUAUGGACUACAGAUUUUUACACUUUCUUACACAGUGACAUCCAUUUUAAAUUCCAAUAUUCAAAUUCUCAUUAAAAUAUGCAAAUAAUAAAUUUGGAGCCGCAUAAAUAGACGCUGCUUGAUGCUCCUUACCUUUCACACAACCGAUGUGGCAUUGAAAUUAUUAUGCAUCAGAAAAAAACAAUUUUUCUUUAAAUUUCGUUAAAACGGAUGUUUUUCACGGUUAAUAUUCGGUUAAAUUUAAGAUUAAAUCACGUUUUAAAACUUUUUACACAGUCUUCACUUACACUAACGCUUAAUAAUUGUAAGAUGCAAAUUUUUCCAAGAAGCGAAUACUAAACGAACAAAAUAUAAGAUUUGCAUUUAAAGACACAAGCACUUUACUACUAUUAUUUAUAACACCAAAAACGACACACUUUUGAAGCAAACUCGCACAGAUUUUAUUAAACAAAUUAAAAAUUUGCUGUAACUGACGCCAAAAUACGAUCAAAAGGAAAUGAUUAAUAUCGCCAAAGUCAGCUGUUGGUUGCAGCAAAGCAUUUGUUGCACAGAAGCACUCUGUGAAAAUACCGUUAUACACAGGAAGUACCGAAAUAUCAAGCAAUUAAUUUAUAUAGGACAGUUAAAACUUGAAAGUGCAGGAUUUGAGGAAAAUGUUGAGACAAUUUUUUAACUUUAGCGUAAAAAAAUUAUUUACCACAAAAAAAUGUUGGUGUGUGUUUUUACUUGUAAGGUAGCUUAGGGGAAUUCCGUUAAUAUUAUUGUCGCAAAUACAUAAAAUUUGUAUGAUCCAAUGCAAAUAUGAAAAAAGUAACAUUUCAAGAACAUUAUUAUAUUAUCAGGGUGGCUUAUUAUAUUAUAAGUUUUUAUCUACGAUCUGACUUGUAUUAUUUACAUAAUUUUUGUUAUGUAGAAAAUUUUGUAAUAAAACAAAAAUAUGAAAUAUGAAUUUAAUUGCUCACAUAAUUUUUGAAUAUCUACAUGACAAAAUUUAUUUCAAUUUUUUAGUUAAAAUUGGAUUAUUUAUUUAUUUUGCAUUUAUUAAGAUUUAUAAAUAUGUACAGAUUGGUAUUUUCUAUGCAAAUAUUAUUUUAAGAAUAAAAGAUAUUUAUUUGAUUAUUUUUCAUUUAUUAAGAUUUAAAAAUACUUUGCAAAAAGAUAUUUUGAAAAUUAUUAUUUUUUACAUUUUCCAUAUUAUGAUUGAAAAUUAAAUCUGAUAUAAAAUAUUACUCCUUGCCACCACCCUGUUAUUUAACCUACAGCUUUUGGUUACGUUCACAUUAUUAUGCUUAAGCAUUUACACUGGCGGUUUCAAAUUAAAAAGUAUAAAGUAAAACAUUGGACUAUUCGGGCAAAAUUUUGCUGUUUAUUUUAAAGAAAAUGACAGGCGAGUUAAUAAAAUAUGCGUAGUGUUUUGUAAACUAUUAGAAUUAGUAAAAUAAACAAGCAUACAAAAAUCAAAGAAGAAAGUGUAGAGCAUAGAUACGCUGCAAGAGAAUUCGUAAUUGGCCAUGGCUUUAAACAUAUAUUACUGAAUUAUUUUAAUGAUAAUCGUAUUAUACAAACAAAGUAAUCGUAUUAUUCACUGCAAUAUUUGACAAUACUUUGUGUUAAUUUAGCUUUUUGUGCAAAAAUUUAUCACAUCGCUGCUACUGCUGAAAAUUAACAAAUAAGCUAACUAGCAUAGAUGAGCAGUUGGAAAUAUUUAACCAAUUGCGCUGCUUAUGCUAACGAUUUGGUCUGUGCGCUUACCUUAUGUUAACUUGUUUGCACAUGUGUUAAACAGCAUUAACUUAACUUUUAACACUUUAAUUAGCGGUAAUUUAACACUUUAAUUAACGAUAAUUUAAUUUUUUUGAGCACUUUAUUAAUGCACGCGUUGUUUCCGGCGGAACGAGCUUAAAAAAGAAACGGUGCUAGUCACGAAUGACUAUGCUGAAGUAUACGGCAACAGGUGGCUGCCAGAUUAUUGAUUUUCGUACAAAGUUUUUAAUAUAUUGUAUUAAAGCCUGCAUAUGUUGUAGUACCAAUUUAGGGUAUUAAUUUUGUAUUUAGUUUAAAGUAAUUAAAUGAAAUUAAAGUUUGUUGCUGCAUUUUUAAUAUUAAAUAUUAGUUUCUUAUGAGUAUUUUAGCCGCAUUUUGGCAAUAGCAUGGCUGCGGAUGUAGUUGUAGCUAAUAAAUAACGAAUAUUGUAUAAAAUUACGCAAAUUAGAAAAAUGUUUUUUGCAUGAGAUUGUGCCUGUCACUAAUAGCAGACUUACAAGAGAGAAAGUAUUAUUAUAAAAAAAAAUUUAAUUAAUAAAUAAAUUUAAAAAGCGUGACACAAACAGCGUGAGCACAAAUACAUGUUGUUAGUAUGAAAAAAAAAGUUAUUAAAAAAAUUUAUUUAAUAACAAAAAUUAGCAAAGAACGAUUUAAACAAAUUUAACAGUUAUUGAUUGCAUUAAGCGCGCAAAAUGAUUUGUUAUUAAAAAUGUGUAUGUAGUAACAAGUAUAAUGUGUCAGUUGGUCAAGUCAAGAAAUAAUACUUAAAUGAUUUUAUUAAGUGUUGAAUUAAAAGCUUUAAAUGAAUAAAAUUAAAAAAUAAAUUGAAAUUAAUAAAAAUUGGAAAUGCAAUUUUUUUUUCCAAAUUAAAAAAAUACUAUUACCUUGUACUUGAAGUGAUAGUUUUUGGCGCAGUAGCAUAUUAAUUACAAGUGUUUAAUAAAUCAUAAAACAAACAAGAAAAUUAAAUAUUAACAAAAAGCUACAAAGAAGUCUAUGAGACGAGAGACUUAACUGAUUUGUCAAUCUUUUGCUCAAUUAAGUAUGAAGCUGUGUUCGCAUCAACUAGUACAUACAACAGUAGGUAAAUGAGCGAAUCGCUGUAAAUAGCAAACAAACGAAUGUUAUUGAAAAUAGUAGUGUAGUAGUGUUUACAAAAAAGACACGAGAAAAGUUUAUAAAAAAAUGCUAAAGAAACAGGCAAAAUUAACUGUAUGUGUUAAACAGAGCUGAAGACACACACAAUUUUUUGAAAAUGACAGAAUUCUGCUGAUAAAAUAUAUUGUUAAAUAAACUAACAAACAAAAAUGUUAAAUGAAACGAAAAAUUACAAAAAAAAAAGUAUAUAAAAAAUUACAGCAGAACAAUAGAUAAGUAGUGAGGACGCUGAGCUUUUAUGCAAAAAGUAACGGUCACUGAUGUGUAAAAUGUCAAAUAAACUGAAACAAGGAAAUCUCUAAAUUAGCAUUAAUUAUUACGUAAUUAUUAUUAACUAUUGUAAUAACAGUACAUUGAUUAGCCAAUUUAAAAACAAAAACCAAAAAAAAAACCAGAAU